AUGAAGGAAGGGGAAUCAGUGAAUGAGUAUUUUGCACGGACUCUCACCAUAGCCAACAAGAUGCGGAUUCAUGGGGAAAAGAUGGAAGAUGUAGUGGUCAUCAAAAAGAUUAUGAGAUCCAUGACUGCUAAAUAUGACUAUGUGGUAUGCUCGAUUGAAGAAUCAAAUGAUCUUGACAGCUUGUCUAUCGAUGAACUGCAAAGCAGCCUGUUGGUACACGAGCAAAGGAUAGGGAGGCACACAGUGGAUGAGCAAGCUCUAAAGGUCACUCAUGAGGUGUAUCAAGGCGGGCGAGGUGGACGCAACAAUUUCAGAGGAAGAGGACGAGGAAGGGGUAGAAAUGGAUUUGACAAAUCCACUCUAGAAUGUUACAAUUGUCAUGAACUUGGGCAUUUUCAGUGGGAAUGUCCUAAAAAAGAAAAGGAUUCAAAAGGUUUCUACACAGAAACCAGUGAAGAAAUGUUGUUGAUGGCUUAUGUGGAUAUCAAGAAGGAUGACAGAGAAGAAUUAUGGUUCCUGGACUCGGGAUGCAGCAACCAUAUGUGUGGCAAGAAGGAUGAAAUCCGUGAAGCUAGUGAACAAUUCAAGCUUGGCCGUACUAGGAAAGGGAAAUGUUCGUAUGGAGGUCAAUGGAAUCAUCCAAGUCAUUACUGGAGUAUUCUAUGUUCCGGAUCUACGGAAUAA